CCUCCUCCUUCUCCUCCCCUCCAUUCCUCUCCCCCUCCGUGCUGGUCUCAGUCUUGAGGACUUGCUAGUGAAUCGGGAGAAAUAAACAGACACUGAGCAGAGGGGGUAAAAAAAGGACACAGGGAGUGAUAGCGUGCGAGAAUUUAAGACAUCUCCUCCCUCCCCUACCCCCUCACUAUCUCUCCAUCUUCAUCUCUCGUCUUUUCUUUAAUGGAAAGAAAUUAUCCUGGUACAGGGUUCGGUGAUUUGGGCGCUGGUACGGGAUGGAGUUACGAGAGAUCGGCCAAGGCAAGCCUGGUGUAUGGGAGUUCUAGGUCCUCCCAUCCGAACUCAGAGCUGCUCCAUCGCCAGGCUUAUGGCACCCCCCACCCUCUGCAGGGCUACGCAACCAAUCACCAUCCUGGCAGCUCUGGACAGGGCGGGGCAUGGGGGGCUGGGCGGAGUCUAGGCUUAUCUGGGCUGUUUGAUACUGGGCUACACCAUGCCAGUCCCUCUGGUCCAGACCCAUCUGUCAUGAACCUGAUUUCAGCACUGGAGUCCCAGGGUCGGCAGCCUCCCCCCUCAGCCUCCUCCCUCCUCUCCCAGUUUCGAACACCCUCCUGGCAGACUGCGAUGCACACUCAGCCAGAGCUCUUCAUCGGGUCUGGCUCCUUCCCCUCCUCCUCCAUCUCGGCCUACCAGCACCCAGCCUCCUUCUCUGGCCGGUCCUUUCCUGGCGCCUCGCUCUCCCUCCAGGACUCCCCCACCUUCAGCCCCACGUCCAACGGCCUCCUGUCCCCCCAUGACCCCCUGCUGCACAUCAAGACGCCCUCGCAGUCCAGCCUGGGAUUCGACCGCUUACUCUCCUCACAGGGCGCCACCUACCGAGGGUCGCAGGACCCCACAGGCCCGCCGCAAACCUCCUCCUCCUCCUCCUCCGGCCGCCACCUACCCCCUCCCCAGUUUAACCUGCUGUCCUCCCAGCUCCAGGACCAGUCCUCCCAGUUGUACAACGCCUCUGUGUUCUCAUCGGCACCCGCCCCCCCACCGCCCCAGCCACCCCAGGAAAGGGCCAUCCCCCGGCAGGACAGUGUGAUCAAGCACUACCAGCGCUCUUCUCCGGCUCAGUCCCAGCUCUCCUCCUCAGCCCCCCACCCCCUGCAGCACUACCUCAGCUGUGGGGCAUCGGGGUACCAGCAGAUCUCCCACCACCGGCAUGGAGGGGUGUCCUGCAGUCCGCUGGGAGAGCAGAGCCCUUCAGCAGACCCCAAACCCUCCCCCCGGUCAGACCAAGUGUACCGCCCCAUCAUCCAGACCCCGUACACCUCCUCAGCCGCCUCCUCGUCAGGAUCAGGUGGAGGUCUAGGGAAGGGGGCUAAGAACUCCAGCUCCAGUAGCGGCUACUCCUCCUCGGGCUCCUCGUCGUCCCGAACCCCCCACACCCCGCCCUCAGCUUCCUCGUCCUCCUCAAACUCCAACCCUAACCCUUCCUCCAGCUCCUCGUCAGCCCCAUCCAGACAGCAGCCCCCAACUCAGUCUGCGCCCCCUCCCCCACCUCCCCCUCCAGUCUCCUCCGCCCCGGCCCAGCAGCCUCCUCCUAAACCCUGCCUGUCAGCAUACGGGUCCCCUGUGGCCCCCGUCAAGCCCACCGCAGGCCUCCCUGGACAGACACCUCCCCAGCAGCAGUCCUACUCUCCCAGUCAGCCCCCUCCCUCACACCUCCCCUCUCACCAGCCCUAUGGGGGCUUCAGCUCCCCCCAGGCCCAGGACCUGACCUCUGGCCCUGGGAGUUCUGGGAAAGGGUAUGGAGGACUAGGGCCAGGAGGCCGCUCCUUCUCUGCCGAGGUGGUCUACGGGACGGACUCAGGAUACAGCUCGCUGCCUACCUCCCUCGGGGGAGCAGGCAGUCCCUCGUUGGGGUACGGCGGCCCAAGGCACUCCCCUGCCCUCCUGGGGUCUGGGGGGGGCAGUGGAGCUGGAGGAGGCAGCUCAUACCACCUCCCUGACUCCAGCCCCUCUCCCUCCAGCAACUCUGGCAUCAUUCGACCUGGGCUGCACUCUCCUGCUCCCGCCCGCCCUGCCCAGUCCCCCGGGGGAGCCGGGGGGAACAAAUACCUUUCCUCCGUCCUCUCCCCUGCCUUCCUGUCCUCUCCGCAGGGCUACCCCGACACCCGAGGCCCCCAGCCUCAGUCUUACCACCCCACACCCCCCAAGCCCAAGCCAGACACCGACAUGCUGGGAGUGGAGCGCUCUCAAGACGAGGAGGAUGACGAUGACGAUGACUUCCUGAUCCAGCACUUGCUGCAUGCCCAGAGCCCUGCGCCCCACCCGUCCCAGCACCACCCCCAGCAGCAGCAGCCCCCCCAGUCCAUCCCUCAGGCCAGGGAUGGGGGCAAAGGUCUGGCCUACGACCUGAGUAAGGCCUCUGAGGAGCGCUACCACCUGCAGAGUGUCAUCCGCACCAACAGUGCCACCAACAGCACAAUCCCCGGUACUACAGGUAACGUCAGCGGAGGUGGCCUGGAGAGCCAGCUGGAGAUGUCUCUGAAGAAACAGCAGCAGCAGGCAAAGAAUGAACGAGGGCUGUCUGGAGCAGGAGCCGGCGGAGGAAGAGGGGGGGCAGACUCCCUCUCCCACCCCAACCCUCACGUCCCCUAUCCGCAGCAACACGACUCCCUCGGCUCAGUGGUGCACUACGGCAGGAGCGACCCUUACUCCCAACACCCUCACACCCAGCACCCCCACCAUCCCUCGCAGGCCCCCUCACAUCCCCAACACACCCAGCACUCCCGACACGCCCACCCCCACUCCCAUGGCCACCCUCACAUGGAGCUCAAAAAGCCUCCCGACUCGUCCGAGCUGCCAUACCUGCGGAAGACACCCGAACUGCAGCAGCAGCCCCGACAGUCCCAGCCCUCCCUUUCCCUCAUGGACUCCCCUCCAAACCAGCCCCAGCAGCCUCCUACUGCCCACAUGCUCCAGUCUGUUCUGUCCCACACUACCCGCAACAAGAUGGACACCCAGCAAGCUGCUUCUCAGCAGCAGCAGCACUCCAUGAGUCAGCAGGCCAUGAUGGGGGCAGGUGGAGAGGCAGAGCCUGGGGGACAAGCGGGGGUGGAUCCCCAGCCCCAGUCUCAAUCCCAGCUGCAGCUCCAACUCCAGUCCCAGGCUAUGGAGGCCCACUACGGCCAGGCCAGCCAGAACUCGGUUUCUCCACUGGACAUGCUGGAGCGCACCCUGUCUCGUGCCAACAGCAGAGACAGUGGAGGGGCCGUGGAGAGAAGUGGGGUGGGGGGAGGAGAUGGGGGCAGUGGUGACGGACACAGGCAACAACAGCAGCACAGGCUGCCGUCUCAUCACCACUCCCAACAAACUGCCUCCAAGCUUCACGACUUCCUCUCCGAGCCAGACCUGGGAAUAACCACGCCCUCCCACCUGCACCACCUCAACCCACACCACCCCCACGUCCAUCACCAACAGCAGACCCACCCGCACCACCCCCUCCCGCACACCCAUGCCCACCCCCACUCCCACCACCUGGCAACUAACGCAGGGACCCAGCAGCAACAGCCUCCGCCCCAUCAGAGGGACCAGGAGCCCCAGCUCUGCCAAUCCCAAUUGGACCAGCUCAAAGAGCACCAGUUUGACACUGUGAGUCCCGGGAAAGCGGGCCAGAGCCAAGGCCAGCAGCAGCAGCAAAGGUUUGUGCCUCUGACCUCCAUCUGUUUCCCAGACUCCCUCUUACAGGAUGAGGAUCGCUCCUUCUUCCCCGGCAUGGAGGAUAUGUUCUGCUCUGACGACUACUCCAAGUCGAGCUGCGCCGGGGGUCCCGGGGCAGGCCAAGGGGUGCAGGAAGGUAUGUCUGAGGCACGUGGACAGGGACCAGACAGCAUGGAGGACGUCAAGACCAGUGAUGGAGGAGGUGGCUAUGACAUGAUGGGUCACCAUGGCGACCAGGGGUAUGGGUACUGCCACAGCCUCACGGAAACAGAAAACAGCACCAUGCAUCUGGACCUGGACUCCCUGAAAACCCAUGAGCUCCCCUCCACUGUGAACACAGAGCAGCUUGGCCUCAUCCAGUCCCAGACCCCAGGUCUUGGCUUGGGGGUUCCAGGGGGAGUUCCUGGGGACGGCUCCGCCAACAAGAUGAUUGGGGGUACGGGUGUGGCUGGAGGUUCCGGUCUGGCCGGACUGACGUCGCCCAUCUUCUGCUCCUCCCGACCCAAGAAGCUGCUGAAGACCAGCUCCUUCCACCUGCUGAAGCAGCGCCGCGACCCGCAGCCGCAGGCCAAGAAGAACUACGCCCAGGAGUAUGAGUUCGAGGAUGACGAGGACAAGGCUGAUGUUCCCGCUGACAUCCGCCUGAACAGCCGGCGGCUUCCUGACCUCCUCCCCGACCUGGUGUCCAGCUGCAGGAAGGCUGGAGGAGGAGGGGCCUCGGGGGUGGGCUCCCUCAGCCCUCUGAUGGGCGACCUGGACUUCUGCCACCCGUCCGGCUACCCCUCCCUUGGCCCCCCUCCCCAGCUCCUACCCCACGACGGGCCCAAGAAGAGGGGCAGGAAACCAACCAAACCCAAACGUGAAGGGCCGCCUCGGCCCAGAGGGCGCCCUCGCAUCCGCCCGCUCCCGGAGCCGCCCUACUGUAGGGGGCUGAUGGGAAAUGUAGGUGGGGAGACCCGCAGGGGUCGUGGGCGGGGUAGGGGGCGUGGCAGGAAGGAGGAAGGGAUGAUAGAGAUGCACCGAGAAAUGAACAAAGUACCCGACCUCCAAUAUCAGCAACAACAACAACAGCAGCAGUUCCACCAACAACAGCACUUUCAACAACAGCAGCACCAUCACCUCCAGCAGCAGCAAAAUAUACAACCUCAACAGCAGCAACAGCAGCAGCACCUACAACACCUUCAUCAACAGCAUCCACAGCACCAUAAACCUUUCAAGCCUAUCAAGAUCAAGCUGCCUAUCCCCUCUAUGUCUCCCUCGGACUCCUUGCUAAGGACAGACUCCCUGUCCAGCACCGACCCGGUUCUCUCUGACGGGUCAGUGGGCUCGGCCCCUUCCCUGGGCCUGAGUCCAGGAACCACCGCUGGGAUGGACUUGAACAUCACCAGGUGCCAGGAGAAGAUGAAGCAGAAAGCUCAAGCCCAGGAGAUGACGUGGGAAAGGGACAUGGAUGAGCAGCUGACCCCAGAGGCUUGGGCUGCCAUGCAGAAGCUCUCCAACACGACGGAGGACAAGCCCCCGGAGCUGAAGUCUAAUUUCAUGGCCUCCUUCCUGGACUUCCUCAAGACGGGGAAGAAGCAGCCUGAAUCUGGACCUGGUGGACCACAAGACCUUGGAGGGCCAGUGGAAGGAGCUGAAACCACAGACUCUUCCUCCCUGAAGGGUAGGAUCCUGUCUCCGCCUCCCCCUCCACCGCCCCCUCCUCCACCCCCUCCGUUUGGGGACAGUAGCGAGGGCGAGGACGGGCUGAGCCCCUGUAAGCGUCUGGACGACGAGCUGAAGAGGAACCUGGAGACGCUGCCAUCCUUCUCCUCCGACGAGGAGGAGGACUCUGUCAGUAAGAACCAGGACCUGCAGAAGAGCAUCUCCUCGGCUAUAUCUGCCCUUUACGACACACCCCAUUCGCUGGCUGCAGCCGUGGCCCAGCUCCCACCCAGCCCAUCUCCGCCCCAGAGCCCAUCGCUGCCACCAACGCCGCCGCCAGUGGCCCAAACGCAGGAGGACGUAGCCGAUCUGGAGGAGCAGGACGAUGACGUAGAGACACAAAUGCAACUACACAACACACAGGCCAACGCACAGCCAAAUACACCGCCCCCAGAACAGGAAGGACUGAAAGGGAUGGACGGAGAGGACGAACGACAAAAGGAGAUGGAGAAAGAGGAGGAGAUGGAGAAAGAAGAGAGGGUAAAGGAAGACCUGAAUGUAGAGCACAGGGGUGUGGAGGAAGAGGUAGAGGAGAGGGAAGAGGAGGAGGAGAGAGAGCCUGAGCCUGAGUUUGAGAUGCUGGAUGCUCCUAAAGUGGAAGAUUCUCCAUCUGGGCCUCCCCUCGCCCCCGUACCCCCCUCGCCCCCAUCCCUCUCCCCGUCCCCUCUCACUUCUUCCUCCCCAUCCCCCCUACCUCCCCCACCCCUCUCCCCACCCACCCCUCUGCCCUUCCAGCACGAGGAUGAUGAAGAGGAGCAGCAGGAGCCGUCCCCCCAACAAACCCAAAACCCCUCGGCCUCUCCUCCCCCCAGCUCCUCUCCCCCGGCCCUGCCCUCUCCACCCUCCCCUUCCCCUGCAAUGCCCCCCCUCCACUACCCCCCCCCUCCCUCCUCCUCCCCUCCCCUUUCGGAUGCUCCAGAGUUGGCCCAGCCUUCCUCCUCACCCUCAUCUUCCCCACCCUCACCCCCCACCCCUGAGGAUGCGCCAGCCCCCAAGAUCACUUCUCUGCACCUGGCCAAAAAGCAGGACAAUGCGGCCAUCGCUGGAGAGAGCGAGGAGGAGGAUAGCGAGAGUGGUGGCGAGGGCAUCUUCCGGGAGAGGGAUGAGUUUGUGGUGCGGACUGAGGACAUUGGCACGCUCAAGAUGGCCCUGCAGACCGGCCGCGAGCCACCACCCAUCUGGAGAGUGCAGAAAGCCCUGCUGCAGAAGUUCAGCCCCGAGAUCAAAGACGGACAGAGGCAGUUCUGUGCCACUAGCAACUAUCUGGGCUACUUUGGCGAUGCCAAGAUGCGGUACCAACGUCUCUAUGUCAAGUUCCUGGAGAAUUUCAAUAAAAAGGAUUAUGUCCGUGUGUGCUCCCGUAAACCCUGGCACAGACCUGGACUCAUGUUGAGGCGUCAAUCACUCCCAUCGCUCCCCAAGCCACCUCCCCCUGCCAUCAGUCAGACUCCACCCCGAUUGGAGCGAGAUGAGAGGGAGCGGAAGGAGAAAGAGAAGGAGCAGAAAGAGAAGGAGCAAAAGGAAAAAGAGAAGGAGCAGAAAGAGAGGAAGGAAAAAGAAAAGGAGCGAGAGAGGGAGAGGGAAAAAGAGAAACAGCGAGAGAGGGAGCGAGAGAAGGAGAGAGAAGAAAAAGAGAAGAGGCGUCCACCACCUCAGGAGAAGGUGGAGAGAAGGAGCAGUGAAGAGGACCGAAAGAGACUGAGGGAGGAGAAGAGAGGAGGAGGAGGAGAGAAGAAGACAGAGCGCCCGUCGAGGGCGAGGCCAGUGAAGGCGGAGCCUCCACCCAAGAAGAGGAAGAAGUGGCUGAAGGAAGUCCCCUCUGACUCAGACUCCUCCCCCGAUGGGCCCAGCGAGGACCAAGCCCCAGUGAGAGGGGGGAUGAACAGUCGAGCCAUGAGGGAGAUGUUCAGGAGUUACAUAGAGAUGCUGGUCAGUACAGCACUUGACCCCGACAUGAUUCAAGCCCUGGAGGACACAGACGACGAGUUGUACCUCCCGCCCAUGAGGAAGAUUGACAGCCUCCUCAACGAACAAAAGAGGAGACUGUUAAGGAGAGUCAACAUGAGUGGCCAACACCAGGAGACUCUGCAUAUGUUCCCCAAAAUGACGGCGGACCCCCUGGACUCUGGAGCGGUCAAAGUGCACAUCGGCGGUGAGUGCUACAACCGUAAAACCCUCAAUCGCGUCAAGAAGAGCACCACGCCCAAACAGCAGGACCUCAAGCUGUCUACAGAGACGUGUCGUGUCUAUAGCCUUUAUCAUUCCCUCCAUCACUACAAGUAUCACACCUUCCUGAACUGCAAGAAGGAGACGGACAGUAUAGAGCAGGCAGCGGAGGACCCUGGUCAGGAGGAGGUGGUGCAGCAGUGUAUGGCCAACCAGGGCUGGCUGGAGACCCUCUUCAACUCCUUCAUCGACCUGCUGACCCUCAGCACCAAAGCCUGAUGAGGGAGGAGGGGGCACAGUCCGAAAUAGUGCACUACAAUUGGCCUGAGCCAUAGGGCCUAUAUGGAGAAUAGGGUGCCAUUUGGAAAGCAGAAUGUGGGUUGGAGAAGGGAGGGGUGGGGAGGGAGGGAGGAGGUAUACAGUAUUUGGGAGACAAAGCAAGAGAGUUGGAGUGGAGAAUACUGGACUGUACCAAGAUGGAAAGGGGGGGGGGGGGGGUUCAGACCCUACCACUCUAGUUCUUGCCCAGUGAGAAAGACUGUGAGUACGGUUGAGUUUUAACUUAAAUUGGAUGCUACAAUGAACUGUUUUUAGCGCUUUUGUUUAGUUUUUCUCUCACAAAGUAUCUCUUGACUAAAGAAAAGAGAAGGACGGAGGAGAGCGGAGGAGGUGGUUUGAAAAUAGUGAAUGUGUGAAAGGGUACGACGUCUGCCACUUGACCUGAACAGGGAAAGCAGGGGACCACGGUGAAUCAGUCAGCACUACAGAAAAGAUUGCGAUCUACAUCCAAACAUGCACGGGCACACACACACACACACCAACAUACAAACACUAUAUAUAUAUAUACGUAUAUGUAUUAAUAAUUAUGAUUUGUAUUAUUUAUACAAGGAAAUUACCCUCCCUAGCUGGGAUUGUUUGCUGUUGUUAUUUUAAAUAAUAAUAUUUUGUUAUGGUAUACAUGAAUUGGCCUACCCGAAAUCCUUUGCUCAGUCCCCCUUUUACUGCUGAAGGUAAAAACGAGGGAAGGGGAGUAAAACUGAGGUGAAGGGAGAGGGAGGUUAGAGGAGUGUGUGAUGUUCCCUUUUUUCUGUCUGCCUAAAUAAAUUGUGAGGGGGAAAAAAGUAUUUAAAACCUAAGCAAACUGUGUUCUUUAUGUUUGUUCUUCAAAAGACAACGAGAGCAGAGUUUACACCUGAAGUGAAUAAAUUAAAAUAAAUAUCUGUUUGCUUUCUAAAAGAAAGCGCUGUGGUUUUAGGGAGGUGUAACUGUUAAAAAAGCGUAUAAAAUCUGUGUUGACUGUUUUUAUUUGAUCUGUUUGUUGUUUAUGAUGAUUAUUAUUUUGGAGGUUUACCUAUUUGUUCAAGCUCUCUUAUCUGUAAAUAUUGUACAGUUACUUCAGUCUCUAAAGCCCAGUUCCUCUUCUGUACAUGCUAUUCCUGUAUUUGACAAAAGCAAAUAAAAAUUUGAAAAUGACAGAGAAAACAA